AUGCGCGCCGUCGCGUCGUACCAACACCUCACGCUCGCCACAAUCACACCGCGCGGUCUCUCGAGACGCCGCGCGCGAGGCGGACGCGCACACCGGUCGUCGACGAUCCGAACCGGGGUGGAGGAAGAGACCAACUUUGCACCGAUAGACGGCGACAGCGACGACGCCCCGGGGGGCGUCGCGGACGGUCGGUUCGGUCUGGAGUGCGUCCUGUGCGUUGGGUUCACCAGGGAAGAGCUCAAGGUUUGGCGAGAGAUCUUAAACGAGAUCGGAGCGGAUUUCAUCAGGGUGAAUGCGUGUGAGAAGAACGCGUUACGAGCACCGCUGGGACGGGCACUGGAGGCGACGCAAGACGACGCGAGUUCGGUGAAGCAAGCGCUUGGUGUGCCGAGAAUGAUGUUUUUGAGCGGCAUGAGCUCAACGGAAGUACUGGAGAUCAUAGAUGUGUAUCGAGAGGAGUCUGAGGCAAGAGGGUGGGCGCCGUGCGUCUUCGCGUGCGCCGUGCCGAAAAAUUACGAGACCAACGUGGGAGAUUUACUUGCAGAGAUCAUGGACGAUCACGAGCGUCUCACCGGUGCAGGAUCGUGCGAGAUGAAUCCUUAA